AUGGGCGCUUGUCACUCUGACUCUGACGCUGGCGUGCCGACCUCUACCUUUGCAGAGAAGUCCCAGCGCCGCUUCGGCCGGCUCUCGGUGGCCUCGGACUCGGACCUGCCGAAGCGCAUCGCGCAGGAUGGGCGCCUGCUGGCAGACUUCGCCCUGUUCCUGCAUGAGGGCAGGCGCACUGAGGAGCUCCUGGACCUUUGGUCCCUGGACCUGGCCGCAGCCGUGGAUUGGAAUGCGGAGGAGGAGGCGUCCUGCCUCUCCAUGCGAGAGAGAAGCAGCCAAGUUUUUGAGGGCUGCUGUCGGCUCCUCGAGGGCCUGGAGCAGGCCUGGGAGGACUAUCAGAAGUCCCCGGAGGGUCUUGGGAAUUUCGACGACACCCGGGAGUGGGAGCCGCACGACUUUCCGGAUGAAGCGGUGCUGGAGGAAAUCAAGAAGGGCGAUGACCCCCGGCGGGUCAGCCAAGAUCACGCCAACUACGAGUUCUCCAUCGCUGCGAUGGUGGGCGUCCACGUGAGCGUGGUGUGCUCUGACCUGAUCACCUCCUGGGUCUUGGCGGCGUCUGGCGGCCUAGAGAACUUGACCGCGGUCUUCCAGCGCCGCUUCCCCAUGCCGCUUGGCGCCGGGGCGGAUCGGGGGGAUGACGGGACCCAGUCCAAGGGCAGCUCCAAGAUGGUCUAG